UAUUUCUCCGCAUUGGCGACUCGACCCAAGAUGAACGGGAAUAAUACCGAAAAGGACUUAGGGGCGUACGACCUCGAUGAGAAGACGCAUGGUGCGACGUUUCAUAUCGAACACAAGGACAAGUAUGGGAUGCACGGCGCAGAGGCCGAACAAGGGGAAGACUAUGAGUACCCGGAAGCGCUCGCCAACAUGCCGGAAGCGCCCUCGGCCGAGGUUUUGAGGGACGCUCUUCUGGAGGAACAAAGGCGAGGGGCCGGGUAUACGCUCUUGCAGCAGUGUCGAAGGGAAUGGAGGUUGCUCCUGGCUUCCAGUUCUUAUGUCGUCGCCAAUAUCGGAUACGGGUUUGAUAAUGGAGCGAUGAAUAUCACGGCGGCCAUGCCGGCUUUUUUGAUCAAGUUCGGUGGAUUCGACCCCGUGACCAAACGUCUGUCGAUCGCCUCGACCUGGAUCUCGUUGUGGACCGCCAUGUUCUCGCUCGGGCUGUUCAUCGGUACCAUCUCGUGUACCUGGACCCUCGACCGGUUCGGCCCUCGAAAGGUCACCAUGGCGGCGACGGUGUUUUUGAUGGCAGGAGUGGCGGUGCAGGUGGCCUCGGUGACCAAAGAGACGCUGCUGGCAGGAAAGCUGUUGACGGGUAUACCCCUCGGCGUCAUCCAAGUGGCCGCGUCCAACUUUAUCGCAGAGUCGUCGCCUGCUCGUCUUCGUGGUCCGCUCGCUGCCACCAUCGGCAUGGCCAACGUCGUCGGUAUCAUCUUGGGUAUCACCACUGGAUCACAGGUCAUUCACUAUGCAAAGAGCGACUGGAAGUCUUGGAAGUUUACUUUGGCCAUGCAGUGGGUCGCUCCGGCACUCACGCUCGUCAUGCUGCCGUUCUCGACCACGUCGCCCGUGUAUCUGGUCAAGAGGGGACGACCGGCAGAGGCGGCCAAGGCGCUGGUCAGGCUUCACGGUCUUCAAGACGACGUGGCUGUCAAGCAGAAACUCGCGGUGAUCCAGUACGCCGUGGCGACCGAGAUGCAGAUGCGGCCACGACUCGAAGCCAUGACCCUCAGGGAGCUCUUUGCGGACGGGGUCGAGCGGAAGCGUACUCUGACGUCGAUCGGCCUCUGGUUCUGUUAUCAGGCGGGAGGCAACACGUUCACCGGACAGGGCUUGUACUUUUUGCAACAACAGGGUCUCAAGAUUACGACGGCCACCAACAUUAGUCUCGGUUGCCUGUCCGUCAGCGCCAUCGUCUUCCUCUUGGGCGGUUACGUGAUGGAAAGAGUCGGGAGACGGGUGCUCUUUGUCUAUUUUCAUAUAUUGCAUUUCGCCCUGAUGCUCGCGCUCGGAUGCCUCGGAUUCGCCAUAAAGUCGAACGCCGCCGCGGGAUGGGCCGUCGCCGUGCUGAUCAACCUGGCCAUCUCCACGCAGUUGUUCGCGACGGGUGGAACGGCUUAUGCCCUGACGGCGGAGAUCUCAUCCGUUCGCGCUCGCGCCAAGACUCAAUCGCUGUCCUUGUUCACGAACAAGAUCUUGAACUUUGGUCUUACGUUCGCGGUGCCUUAUAUCUACCAAGAACCGGGUUAUCUCGGGGCCAAGACUGCUCUCAUUUUCGCCGGGACGACCGCGCUGGCCAUCGUCUGGGCCUUCUUCAUGGUACCGGAGACAGCUGGACGAUCCGCAAUCGAUAUCGAUGCACUCUAUCACGCCGGGAUUCCGCCUCGAAAGUUUGCCGAUAUCGAUGUUGUCACGUUGAAGCGAUCGCAAAGCGAACAAGGACCCGGACACGCGCCAGUCGUCUGAACAGAUGACCAAUCUCGACUACUAGGUCGAUCAUUGACAAAGCGAAGUGGCGCGUUGAUCUGGCGCUUUCGGAACAGGAAUAUGGUACUUGAGAUGUGAUGAGACUCCAGAGUCCGUUUCGAAGAAUGGUGUAUGGGGCGGUACAUUGUAUACUAUCAG